CGCACGCAGCGUCACCCUCACCCGUCCCUUCGCCCCAGAAACUAGCGUUAGCUAGAACCUCUAGUACACGCAAGUUUCUAAGCAUGGCUACCGAGGAGUUCAAGUACCACAUCUGCUGCAUGGGUGCUGGGUACGUGGGCGGGCCGACCAUGGCUGUGAUCGCCCAGCGCUGCCCUCACAUCCGUGUGUGCGUGGUCGACAUCUCCCAAGCGCAGGCGAAUCGAUGCUUGGAACACCGACGAGCUCCCUAUCUACGAGCCAGGUCUGCUGGAAGUGGUCAAGGAGAGCCGGGGCCGCAACCUCUUCUUCUCCACCGACAUCGACGCCGAGAUCAAGCGCGCGGACAUGGUGUUCAUCUCCGUGAACACGCCGACCAAGACGACCGGUAUCGGUGCGGGCAAGGCGGCCAACAUCAAGAAUUGCGAGCUGUGCGCCCGCAAGAUCGCCGAGGUCGCGGACACCCCCAAGGUGGUGGUGGAGAAGUCAACGGUUCCGGUCCGUACCGCCGAGGCUGUUCGCCGUGUGCUGGCGACCAACGAGGGCAAGGUGCUGUCCAACCCGGAGUUCUUGGCGGAGGGUACCGCCAUGCCCGACCUGCAAGAGCCCAGCCGGGUGCUGAUCGGCGGUAUGCAGACACCCGAGGGACUCGCGGCUAUCCAGGAGCUGGUGGACGUGUACGCCAACUGGGUGCCCAAGGACAGAAUCCUCGCUACCAACACUUGGUCCUCAGAGCUCUCCAAGCUCGUCGCCAAUGCCUUCCUCGCGCAGCGCGUGAGCAGCAUCAACUCCAUCUCGGCGUUGUGCGAGGCUACGGAUGCUGACAUCUCUGAGGUGUCACGCGCUCUGGGGUACGAUCCCCGCAUCGGCAACAAGUUCCUCAACUCCUCGGUCGGGUUCGGGGGUUCUUGCUUCCAGAAGGACGUGCUCAACCUCGUCUACAUCUGCGAGUCCACCGGCCUGCCUGAGGUGGCCGAGUACUGGCACCAGGUGAUCGCCAUGAACGACUACCAGAAGUCUCGCUUCACCCAGCUCAUGGUGCGACGCAUGUUCAACACCGUCACCGGCAAGAAGAUCGCCGUUCUUGGCUUCGCUUUCAAGAAGGACACGGGAGACACCAGGGAGACUCCGGCGGUGUUUGUGUGCAAGGCCCUUCUGGAGGAGCAGGCGAAGAUCCAGGUGUACGACCCCCAGGUGAAGAGAAGUCAGAUGUUCGUCGAGUUCGACUACACGUGCGGCGUCAACAAGGACAACACCCCCAGGCUCGAGGAGUCGAUUACCACUUGCGAGGACGCCUACUCCGCGGCCAACGGGUCUCACGCUCUGGCCAUCUUGACUGAGUGGGAUGAGUUCAAGACCCUGGACUACCAGCGCAUCUACGACAGCAUGGCCAAGCCGGCCUUUGUCUUCGAUGGACGCGGGGUGGUCGACAUCGAAGCCCUCCGCAAGAUCGGCUUCGAGGUGUACUGCAUCGGAAAGUCUAAGCCCAAGUUUUCUCUCGACAGUCCCAACUAAGAAACAAACAAGCUUGAGCGAUUUUGACUGCGGCGGAUUUCUUUUCUUGAUCGUGUGUACAAGGUCGAGCGGGUGGAUUUUCCAUCCAGUAUAGUAGUAUAUAUACCUAUCCAAGUGUUUUUUUUCCCCUAUUUUCUCUUUUUUGUUUAGUGUCUUCUUAAUUUGUAGUGGUAGGGCGUUUUUUUCCGGUGUGAUAAUGGAUGGUGUGUCUGCAUCGAGAGGGUUCAUCUGCAUACGCUGACCGCUGCCUGGCUGUUUUGUUCUACCACCCGGCCGGUUUCAGCUUUAGUCGAGAAUCGAUCGGUGCUGAUUCGGUGGUUGACAUUUGACGUUGUUUGCUGAGCACAAACGGCCUUUCAUUCAGGGGCGUCUUCUUUUUUCGAUGAGAAGCAUGGCAUCCAAAGGCGGCCCGCAGCCACAUGGUGGCAGUGAGGGUAUGAUGUUGCGAGGGAUUUCUCCAUGCGCGUGCGGCUGAAUGCCGCGUGCGUGCAUGCAUGUCGGCCGGUUCAAGGAGUAACGGCUGUUAGUUGCGUUUCGGAUUCCUCAAGAGCAGGUAGAGUGCCCGCCGCUGUCGUGAUGGUAGCAUUUGUGCUGCUCCACGCCGACCCCCUCAUAAAGGCAGGCCUACCGCUGCAUUCAGCGUUCUCUCGUCAUGUACUGUAUGAUAGGUGGACUGGCGUUCUCCGUCAUGGACUUGUAGGUGGAAAGUCAAGAAUAGCUCAGUAGUCGUACGGCGGGUGUUGUUUUUGUACAGAGCAGCCGCAGUUUGGUGGUGGCACUAGCUUGGAGGAAAGUGUACUCGUACCUGGCACUGCAAGUGGAGAGGGAGUUCCGUUAGCAAUGUGUCACGUCUCGGUGAGAUGUUGCUGUUGUUUCGCGUGUGCUUUGCGCGUCUUUUGGGGUCUUGGCUUCAGUAGGCAACAUGAAUCACCACUUGUUUACUCUUGACGUCCAUUUUUUUUUUUGUUGAUGCCAAGUCCGUCUGUCUUUUUUGGCACACUUCUUCAUUCCGGACAAAAUAUACCGGCUUUUUUCGUUUGCACAGGCGUGUGCCACAAGGCAAGGCCACCAACAGCGGCCUCCAACUCUCCCUUUCUUUCGAAUCGAGCUAUAAUAAGCUUCUUUCUUGUGCGCUCCUCGGCCUCUGAAAAUCGAAACCGCCAGAAAAAAACAUCUUGCUCUGCCGCGCUGUCUUAUUAUCCCGGCGGUUGAAUGCCCCCUACCCUUGGCCGUGACAAAGUUACUAGGUUUUAGGACAGGGGGGCGACCGUUGUACUGGUUUUUGCGUAAGAUACCACACCCCAUACACCAAUCGUUAAACGUCCGAUCAGUCCACGGCGAAGAGGAUGGGAAACAACCAAAUAGUGCGUUUUUCGAAACGCUCUCUCGACGAUACGGUAUCGCCACCUCCACUUUCAGCGGCACCGCCUUGACGACCGUAUUGUUGCUGCGGAGAAACCGAGCCUUGGGUAUCGGCCCAUAGGGUGUGUGGUAGCUUAUAAAAUGUCGCUGCGGGCUACGAGCGGCACUUUCGUUAUUGUGCGCUGCCAGUUUCACCGUUGUUAUUGAGAUGGCGACUUGACGGGUUUCUUUACACAUUUUUUUUCAGCGGGUAAUAGCUAACGCCGACAACUCGAACGUGCAGACUGCGAAACGCGCUAGAUCACGCAAGGAACUUGUCGCUGCAGCAGAAGCACCUCCCACAUGGCAACGGAACCCAAUAAGAAACAGAAAGCGAAACGUUGUCCGCAAUGUUGCUGUGCCGGCAACAAGUAGUGCCGACCAGAUCACAUCUAGGGAGAGGCUUGUGGGUGGUUCCCGGUGCCCAGCUCCCGCAUCAUUUGCGGGGCACGCAGCUUCUGUUUUAUCUACGCCCCGAUUGGCCAUCGGUGAU